AAUUCUAAUCAGUGCUUAUUCGGUAUCCAAGGUUCAUCAGAACACUAAAGGUAUUCUUUGAUGCGUAAAUCAGUCCGUAGUAAUCGUAUGCAAUGUGGUCUGUCGCGAGCGAGUUCCCUCAUGUGCUAUUUCAUAGCAUUUUGAUAUUGGUUGAAAUACCUGACAAAGUCCUUGAUGUCAUAAUUUAUUACAUGUAUUCUAAAGGAGAGAUUAUUAGCCAUCCCAGCGACAAUGUCACUGCUGCCCUCUUCGCCUUCGUGGGAAUUGGAUUUGCCAUCAGUGUCGCGCGAAAACUAUUAUGCGGUCACAGAAUUGUGCAAAUAUGCUGCAACGGCGACUACAGAGGAGGCGAGACAAACGAGGCCAUUCACCUUUGGAUGAGUGCAAUAAAAGUGUGGCUCGAAGCUUUCCCUCAAGCACUAAUUGCUUACUUUUACUUUGGCGACUGUUCGACAACGACAGACGCGAAACGUUGGGGUCAAAUAUUUGGUUUCGUUUCUCUACUUCCGUUCCUGGUGUUUGGUUUCCACCUCUAUUAUUACUGCGCGUGCUACGAUUGCGGUAAAAGAUACAGGUAUGACAAGGAACCCAAUCUACUGAUGAUGUUUGCAAUGAUCGCCACGCUUCUGUUAUCCCUGGGUUGUGUUAUUGCCACAAUCCACUUGAUCAUGGAUUUCAACAAAUUCUGUCAGCCACCGUUGGGUGAGUAGCACAGAACUCGUUACCGCGACUCAAAGGCAACGGCGAUGCUGCGCUUUGUGUGCAAAAUUAUUACAUUGGAAGUCCCUUUUAUAAGCAGUAAAACUCAAACAAUGCGAUCACUUUUCAGAGAACCAUAGAUCUUUUGACUUGGUUACUACGCUUACCACCGAUGGCUGCAUAUCUGCAGCCACCAAUGACUCCAUAUCUGUCCAUGAUACAGUUUAGUGUAAAUUUGUCUGAAUGUAAAGCCCCUCAAUAUUGUGCUAGAUUUGAGUUUGAAGACCUCAAAGCAAAAAAUUCUUUGUUUCAAGAAAAAAGAGUUACCUGUUCUUGGGAAAACGUUUAUGCGGAUGUUAAGAAUUAGAAUAAACCAAGUUUUUAUUUCAAUUGUUUGCAAAAUCAUACAGUUGGUUACGAUUAACUUUAUAGAUUGGUAGUAAUUGUAAAAAUACCAUAAGUUGGAUAACUGAGUUUUUUCCUCUGAUAUUUAGACAAUAGUUGUUUGUUUUAAUAGCACAGAACAAAUUCUUAACCUGUUAUGAGAGAUAUCUGUCCCGUUUUUGUUUUAGAUUUCCACGAUAUGUUUGAGGUGGUGUGAUAUUCAGCAACACUCGCAAAAUAAAAAUUUAAAAAAGAA